AUGACCAAGAACCCCUCCACCACCUCCCGCACCAACCUCUGUACCCCUCCCGCACAAAUGCAGUUCCUCGAAAGCACCCUCACAGCCGGACAUCUCGCCGCCUCCCCGCACAACCCCCAAACGGCCACCACCCUUCCUACCAACAUUCACCUCGAUCUCCCUAUCCCCGACCCACACCUCGGCUUCAACGAGCGCACCACGCAAUGGGUACACGACAACACAUGGGUUUACACCACAACCUUCAGCUGCUCUCCGCCCGUGGGAGCCAAAGUAUGUCUUGUGUUCGAGGGCCUCGACACGUUUGCGACCGUCUCGCUGAACGGGACGCCCAUCCUCGAGUGCCAGAACAUGUUUCGCAGCUACAGGGUCGAUGUGACGGGAAUCGUUAGGGCGGGGGAGAAUGAGGUGGUAAUGGAGUUUCGGAGCGCACUGAAGGAGGGGGAUCGAAUCAUGGCGCAGAAUGGCGGGGAGAGAGUCACGUGGAAUGGUCAUUAUUCGAGGGUGUUUGUGAGGAAGGCGCAGUAUCAUUAUGGCUGGGACUGGGGCCCGUCACUCAUAACCUGUGGCCCCUGGAAACCUAUUCGUCUCCAGGUCUACACAGACCGCAUUUCCAACGUUAAGAUCGAGCAAACUCUCAGCUCCCACCUCAAAACCGCAACCCUCGAUCUUACCGCUACUACCGAGACUUUCGACGCUCAAGAGAACUACACCCUCACCGCCACGCUCCUCUCUCCCUCCGGGCGAGAAAUUGAGCUAACCCUCUUACCUGCCACUGUAGGUGCCUGGAGGACUAGGUACGUCUUAACACCCCCCGAGUUAUGGUACCCGCACCAGCACGGCCCCCCGAACCUCUACACCAUCACUUUCACGCUCAGCAAACACACCUCUGACACCCCCGGUCCCCUCCACACCACCCAAAAACGCAUCGGUAUCCGCCGAAUCCUCCUCGUUCAGGAUUCUCUUCCGCAGCUCCCCGAUACCCCCGUCUCCGGCGGCACAACAUUCUACUUCAAUAUCAACAACACCCCCCUCUUCAUAGGCGGCUCCAACUGGAUCCCCGCGCACUCUUUCCUCCCCGCCGUACGGACACAAACUCUUCACAGCCUUCUACGCCUACUCCGCGACCGCGGAAACCAGAACAUGCUUCGCAUUUGGGGCGGUGGCGUCUAUGAGAGCGAUGAGCUCUACACGCUCUGCGACGAGCUCGGCAUCCUCGUGUGGCAGGACAUCUGUCUUGCUUGCGGCGACUACCCUGCGCAUCUGGACAACUUUGCCGACGAGAUCUGUGCGGAGGUGCGCGAAAACCUGGAGCGGCUGCGGUGUCAUCCGUCUUUGGUGGUUGUGGCGGGUAACAAUGAAGACUACCAGGUAGCGGAUGAGGAGCUAGGGUAUGACGCAAGGCAGCCGGAGGGAGAGUGGAGAAAGAGUUCGUUUCCGAGUAGGUGGCUGUAUGAGAAGAUCUUUCCGGGUAUUGUGAGGGAGGUUUGUAACGGAAAUACGGGCGCGGAGAUUGGGCAGGCGGGUACGGCUGGGACGGGGGUGGUGUAUUGGCCUGGAAGUCCGUGGGGAGGCGAGGAUAGUACGGAUCGGACAGUGGGGGAUAUACAUCAGUGGAAUAUCUGGGGCGGCCUUCAAGCACCCUACCAGCGCUAUCCGGACCUAGGCGGCCGCUUUAUAUCCGAAUUCGGCAUGCCCUCUUACCCCAGUAUAUCAACCAUCAAGAACGGUUUCCUCGACCCAGCCAUCCCCUUCGACAAAAAUAACUGGAACGCUGAGUCUGAGGUCAUCGAGCACCACGUUAGGGCUCAUAGCUUUCAGAAGCGUCUACUUGGGUAUCUAGGCGAGAACUUCAGGGUUGUAUCCGGAUCCUUGGAGGAGCGUGUAUAUUUAAGCCAGCUGCUGCAGAGUGAGGCAAUGAACUAUGCAUACCGUGGCUGGAGGCGUAGGUGGGCGAGUCGUGAGUGUGGCGGUGCGCUUGUGUGGCAGUUGAAUGAUGUCUGGCCUGUCACCUCUUGGUCCAUAGUCGACUUCCACCUACGCCCCAAACUCGCCUUUUACACCAUUUCCCGCGCCCUCUCCCCCAUAAUCCCAAUCAUAACCCGCACCACCACCAACCCCAAACCCAACUCCCAGCUUGAGGCCCUCGUCCGCUCCAAGACAACCCGGGGCGCUGGCUCCCAUCCCCUACACUCCACACCACAUAUUUACCCUCCCAAACAAAGCACCAUCCAUGUCAGCAUCUCCUCCACCGACGCCCACACCCCCACCCCCGUCAUCGUCGAAGUCCGCACCAUCAACAUCGCCACAGGUGACACCACCACUCUCCUCAAAACAACACUCACCAUCCCGCCCAACAGCGCCGUCGAUCUAGACUUCGGCGUCUCUGUCGGCGACGCUGCAGUCCAGGUGCGACUGUGGGACAAAGACGGUUUGCUACUAGCACGCGAGACGGACUGGCCACAGCCGCUAAAGCACUAUGUGUUUGAUAAGCGGGGGUGUGUACUGGAAUGGGAUGGAAUGAGGGAAGAGAUGCGCGUUAGUGUAGAGAGACCGGUGAAGGGGCUUGUGUUUGCGGAGCUUGAGGGGGUGGCGUGGAGCGAUAAUUGCUUGGAUGUGGUGCCGGGGGAUGUGCAGGUUAUAAGGGUGGAAGGGUUAAGGGGGAAGGCCUUAAGUGUGAGGUGGUAUGGAAUCAGUAGAGCGGAUUGUAAGGAUCUGAUUCUGGAUGUUGGGGAGGUGGUUUGUUGA